AUGCAGCGACUCUGGGACGAGUAUAACGAUGUACAAACUAAAUUAGAAAUGCUCAAUGAGGCCGAGGCCAUUGACAGGGAUUCUUUUGAAACGGCCUAUUUUGAUUUAUCAGCUAAGAUGCGGGAUUUACUAAGAGCUUCGUCUGCGACACCUACCGUUGCGGCGUCCUUGCCGGGAACUUCAGCAAAUAAUUCAGGGCUAUCGGAGCCUUUUAGUACCAUUCGAUUGCCAAAGAUUGAUAUACCCAAAUUUUCCGGGAAAUACGAUGAAUGGUUCCCCUUUCGCGACUCAUUUAUCUCAAUCAUACACACGAACCCUACGCUCCGUGAUAUUAAUAGGCUACAAUACUUGAGAGCCGCGUUAUCGGGAGAUGCAAUUUCGGUGUUAAGUUCGCUCGAAAUUUCGGACGCCAAUUACGAGGUUGCAUGGAAUCUUCUCAAACGUAGAUACGAUGACAAAAGGGCAAUAGUUCAUAGCCACAUAGGAUCAAUUCUAGAUCUGCCGGUAAUGACAAAGGAGAACGCCUCCGAAUUACGGCAAAUCACCGAUGGCGCAAAUCGUCAUGUACAAGCUCUAACCGCUUUAAAACGCCCGAUCAACGCGUGGGACGAUCCUUUGGUUUACAUUAUCAGUUCCAAAUUAGAUACGAAUACGUCACGCGAAUGGGAAUCGUCCUUGGAGGACUCAGAAUUGCCAACAUUAAAGAAAUUAUUCGAUUUUCUGUCACAUCGAUGCCGAGUUCUCGAGGCUACCAGCAAAUCCGGUACUAGCUCGCGUUCUCAGCCACAUGGUAAGCAAAAGGUAUCGUGCAAUGGUGCCACCAAUACGAAUUGCGAAUACUGUAAAGCCGCGCACUUGAUUUAUCGAUGCCCUCAAUUUCUGGCACUUCCCAUUGCUAAACGAAUAGCAGAAGCUCGCACUCGUAAAAUAUGUCUGAAUUGCUUGAGAUCAACAGCUCACACCGCGAAUAAAUGCACGUCAGGGGGUUGCAAAACUUGCACCCGUAAACAUAACACAUUGCUACACUUACAGACCACGGGUUCAGAACAAGCCGUGUCAAGCGGUGAAAAGAAUAAUGAUAAAGACACUGCGGCGCCAGCCGCUCCGGACGCUAUCACUGCUCAUACAUCUAGCGUAUCGGACGGUAAAUCCAUAUUAUUAUCAACCGCCGUUGCCUUAGUUUGUGCCGCAGACAGAUCACAAAAACCUUGUCGAAUCCUCUUAGAUUCGGGAUCACAAGUUAACCUCAUUUCUCGGAAAUGUCUCAAUAGUUUACGUUUGAACCCUCGUUCCGUUAGCAUGUCCAUAUCAGGCAUAAAUGGCACAGCUACGCGUUCCACAGAAGCGGUUCAUGUAAAACUACAGUCGCGACUAAAUUCAUUUUCCGUUACGCUCGAUUGCAUAGUAACUAAUCGCGUAACCGAUAGCGUUCCCGCUUUCAGCAUGAAAAAAUCGGCGUUUAACUUACCGCAAAACAUUGAGUUAGCCGAUCCUAAUUUUAACGUAUCCUCGGAUAUUGACAUUCUUGUCGGCGCGGAAGUUUUUUGGACUCUCUUAUGCGUGGGUCAAAUCAAGGCCUCUUUAAACCAUCCAACGUUACAGAAAACGAGAUUCGGUUGGAUCAUGGGUGGUCGUAUGGGCACGCGCGUCUCGCAAAAUCAGAAAGCAAUCGUUCUUCACACUACUAUAAGCAACGACGAAUUACAUAAUCAGCUUCAACGAUUUUGGCGAAUUGAGGAUAUUCCCAACAAUCCUAACAAUUAUACCUCCGAGGAACAAGACUGCGAAAGAUACUUUUUAGAGACUGUUACUCGCGAUUCUCAAGGACGAUACGUUGUUAAAUUGCCUUUAAAAGAAGGUUGGGCACACAGCCUCGGGCAUUCUAGAGGAAUUGCAUUGGAUCGUUUUCGCGCAUUAGAAAGGCGUCUCGACCGCGACCCUACUUUAAAAGCGCUUUACUCUGAAUUCAUGGAGGAGUACAUCGCGUUAGGGCACAUGGAACUAAUAAACGAGCAAUCGCCGAACGAACAGGGUGUCUAUUAUAUACCUCAUCAUUGUGUUUUCAAACAAACCACUGAGGGACCCAAAAUACGCGUAGUUUUUAAUGCCUCAUGCAAAACUGAUACCGGAUUUUCUCUGAAUGAUCUCAUGCUCGUCGGUCCUGUUGUUCAGCAGGAUCUCGCAUCCAUACUUCUCCGUUUUCGCAUUCAUAAGGUCGUUCUCGUGGCCGAUAUAACAAAAAUGUAUCGACAAGUGCGGCUUCACCCUUCUCAAACGCGAUUACAUAGAAUCUUUUGGCGUAAGGAUAAUAAUUCAAACAUUGAAGUCUAUGAAGCGAUGACCGUCACCUACGGAACCGCGGCAGCCGCUUUCGUUGCCACAAAUACAAUAAAACACCACGCAAAGCAACGUGCGCAACAAUAUCCUCUCGGUUCACUGUGCGUUAUACGAGAUUUUUAUGUUGACGAUAUGCUCACGGGCGCUGAAACGAUUGAAGAUGCACUCGAGAUUCGCGAUCAGACUAUACAAUUACUCAGAGAAGCGUCGUUCGAACUCAGUAAGUGGGGAUCCAAUUGCCCCGAACUGCUGUCAGGCGUAAGCCCCCGCGGAGACAAGAUUGUAUCAUUUCAAACGGAUAGCGAUGUUCGUAUUUUGGGCAUUCUCUGGGAUCAGGAUGGUGAUUUUUUCCGAUUCUCUUAUCAACCCAGUCUCGUUUCCGGUCCCGUGACUAAACGCUUGAUAUUAUCCGAGGUAUCACGAUUGUUUGACCCACUAGGUUUGCUAGGUCCCAUCAUUGUAAUUGCAAAACUCGUAUUACAGGAUCUCUGGCAAUCAGGCCUUGAUUGGGAUGAGUCAGUGCCUCAGGAUACUCACACUAAAUGGCUGCAGCUCAAACUACAGCUACCCGACAUUAAGCAGCUACAGAUUCCUCGCUGUGUUAAAGAUUGUACUCAUAGUCAGGACUUUGAUUUGCACGGAUUUUGCGACGCCAGUCAGCGCGCUUACGGUGCAUGCUUAUACGUUCGCACUAAGACAGGACAACAUAAAUACAAGUCUGUUCUGCUCUGCUCCAAAUCUCGAGUCGCUCCGCUCAAGGCAGUGUCUCUUCCGCGAUUAGAAUUGUCAGCCGCUUUGUUACUUGCCCAAUUAAUCGACAAAGUCAAGGCAUCUUUUAGUAUAUCUAACGCGAAUAUUACCCUAUGGUCGGAUUCCACCAUAUCUCUAAAUUGGAUCUCCUCUCCGUCACGCAAAUGGUUGCCUUUCGUCGCAAAUCGUGUCGGUGAAAUUCAAAGGCUAACCGAACCGCGUCAAUGGCGUCACGUGGCAUCAUCCGAUAAUCCAGCGGACGUAUUGUCACGAGGAAUGCUCCCUAAUGAGCUAACACAGUCACAUAUGUGGUGGAACGGACCCCCGUUUCUGCAAUUACCCGAACAGCAAUGGCCUAAUAGCGAAUUUGUCUUACUCAAUGAAAUUCCCGAACAAAGGAAAAUUUGUGCCGUUGCUGCACCCUCAUAUCCUAACGUCAUUGUUGACCUACUUAACAAGUUCUCUAAUAUAAACAAAAUUUGUCGCAUCGUCGCUUAUUGUCUUAGGGCAUUAACUCCCCAGAAUAAGAAAUCGUUGACUAUUUCUGUAUCGCCCAAGGAAAUGACUUAUUCGUUAAACGUAAUUUGUAGGGUCAUCCAAAAACAAUCCUUCGCAGAUGAAUAUGAUUCUUUAAUUAAUCACCGCGAAAUCAAGAAGACUAGCAAUCUUUUGUGUCUCUCCCCAUUCAUGGACGAGGACCGACUAAUUCGAGUAGGAGGAAGAUUGAAGAACUCUUCUCUUGCCUUCGACGCUCGUCAUCAGAUAGUAUUGCCGCGACAUCACGAUUUAUCUAAACGAAUAAUCGAAUUAGAACACGUCCGCAACAUGCAUUCGGGCGUACAAGCCACCAUGGCAGCAGUAAGACAAAGAUUCUGGCCGCUCUCUUUGAGGUCGGCAACGCGAAAGAUGAUUGCCAGUUGUGUGACCUGCUUUAGAGUAAAACCUAUCUCCUCUGAGGCAUUGAUGGGUUCCUUACCAGAGAGUCGCGUUACCGUAUCACGUCCGUUCACGCAUUGCGGAGUGGAUUACGCCGGCCCGAUAAUAUUGCGGGAGGGUAAGCGUCGUAACUCGCGUAAUCAUAAGGCGUACAUUUCCGUCUUCGUGUGCUUCGCGACUAAGGCGGUACACUUAGAGCUUGUUAGCGAUCUUACCACCGACGCGUUCAUCGCUGCUCUCAAGAGGCUUAUUUCGCGUAGGGGGAAACCGGAACGUAUCUACUCUGAUAACGCGACUAAUUUCGUUGGAGCUCAAAAGCAAAUAAAAGAAUUUUAUGAAUUCCUUAAGGCCGACAGUACUCGAAGUCCCAUAGAGCAUUUCUUACAUGAACAAAAAACUGAGUGGAGCUUUAUCCCCCCCAACGCUCCGCAUUUCGGUGGGCUAUGGGAGGCUGCGGUCAAAUCCGUUAAAUUUCACCUAGCACGCAUAAUAGGCAGCGCCCACUUGACUUUCGAGGAAAUGCAAACCGUUCUAUGUGAAAUAGAAGCAAUCUUGAAUUCGAGACCUAUCACUCCAUUAAGUUCGGAUCCCAAUGACAUGAAUUAUCUAAGUCCCGGGCACUUUCUGGUCGGGGCUCCGUUGAAUAGUUUUCCUACCUCGGAUUUAAAUGAUAUAAAUGUAAAUAAGUUAUUGCGUUGGCAAAUAAUUGAGCAAAUGCGUCAGCACUUUUGGCGUAGAUGGAGUCAGGAGUAUCUCAACACCCUGCAGCAAAGAAACAAAUGGCAGACUUCCAAGGGCCAGCAACUGGAAACGGGACAACUGGUCAUAAUAAAGCAGCAAGCGACAGCUCCCCUGCAAUGGCCAAUCGGACGCGUCCAGGAAAUACACAUCGGAUCUGAUGGUGUAGCGCGCUCGGCCACCGUUAAAACCAACAAGGGCUCUUAUGUUAGGCCGCUCACCAAAUUGGCCAUAUUACCUCUUUAA